GAACGGGGACAUCAACGUCGCGUCCGACCAGUGCACAGGCAACUUCGCGCCCAACGAGCGCCAGUGCCAAGCCAUCACGGCCCACAAGUGCUCGCACAGCUUCGCGCCCCCUCAGCGCCAGGGUGCCCUCCAGGCCAACCAGCGCCCGAGAUCCGGCUCGGCCAGGCAGUGCUCGCGCGACGCGACCAGCCAGUGCCGGCGCAUCCUUCAGGCCCGACUCACGGCCGGCCAGCGCCCGCCCAGCCAGCGCACGGCCGCGCAGCACACACGUGGUGCGGCCGGCCAGCGCACAGCCGGCGCACGAGGCUGCGCCCUCCGAGCGCACACCGCAGGCGCCGGUGGGCGCACCGCGCCGCCCGGCCAGCGCGCCUAGCGCCCUGUCACAACAACGGAGGUGCACUGCCUGGUACUGGCCCAACCAGGAGGAAGUGGCUCCUUCGCUUCACAUGGGGCUCGGGUCCUUAGCUCCCCAACAAGCGGCCCACAUGAUCAAGGAG